UUGAGUUUAAAAAACACUUCCCGAAACUCUCUCUCUCUCCCUCUCCCUCUCCCUCUCCCUCUCCUUGUUGCGUGUAGAGAAGAAUCCUUUUUGUAUGAAAAGUCAGCGACUCUCUCUCUCUCUCUCUCUCUCUCUUCAGAAUCCAUUCUCUUUUGUUUGUUAAUGAAACAAAGAAGAAGCACAUCUCAGUUUACUUUCAACCUUCAAGAACCUGUCUUGUUUUUUUGCUUGCUUUCUUGUUUUAACCAAAACCCCAAUAUCUCACAAGAUGAAUCCUUGUACCUAAGCUAGAACUUGCAUGUUUUGUUUUUCCACGUUUGGUGCAAGAAAAACAACGCCAUCCUCUAGUUAUAUCAUCCUUUCUCCCUUAUUCUUUGAUUCUACAUUAGUAUAUGCAGGUUUUUUGGGCUCAAAAUGGAUAAUUAUCAAGGUGAUUUAACGGAUAUUCUUCGAGCUAGUACUGGUGGAGCUUUAGGCCAACCAGAUGUUCCCGUUUCAAACUGGGAAUUCCCUUCUGAUCCAAUGAAUCUUGCAUCAUCAUCAAUUAUGGGAGAUAGUAGAGUGAAUGCUUUUGGUGAUCCUUUUUGCAACAUGAGAGAUCCCCUUCUUCAUGAGCUUAACGUUGCUGCGUCAAGCUAUUUUAGCAGCCGAAGUUCUGCAGAUCACAUGCUUUGUACUACUAGUGUUGAUCAAGAUCACACUAGUAAUAAUUUUGUUGGCUCAAAUAGUGCUACUGCUGGUAGUUGUAGUAACAUUCUUGCUCACCAGAAAGUCUUUGAAGAUCAUGAGAUGCAUAAGAGUACUGCUGCUGCCGCCACUACUUCUUGUCGCAAUAUAUUUUCAAGAAUUCAGAUCUCACCAACUAAUCCCACAAAGCUGCCUGUUUCACCUUGUAAUUCUCCGGUUAUAGCUGCUUGUUCUUCUCCAAGAGGGUUCAGGCCAUCUGCUAUGGUUUCAAGUGAUGUAAUUAAUGUCAUUAACUCAAAAGGUUGCUUGAUUGACAACACUGGAUCAGUGCAGAUCUCAUCUCCAAGGAAUCUGGGGAUCAAGAGAAGGAAGAGUCAAGCAAAGAAGGUGGUCUGUAUUCCAGCACCAGCAGCUGCAAACAGCAGGUCUAGUGGAGAAGUAGUUCCAUCUGACUUGUGGGCAUGGAGAAAAUAUGGACAAAAACCCAUCAAGGGUUCUCCUUAUCCAAGGGGUUACUACAGAUGCAGCAGCUCUAAGGGUUGCUCAGCAAGGAAGCAAGUAGAGCGGAGCCGAAAUGAUCCUAACAUGUUGGUCAUCACCUACACUUCUGAGCAUAACCAUCCAUGGCCAACACAGAGAAAUGCACUUGCUGGCUCAACAAGGUCUCAGCCUACAAAGAGCAAUGCAGCUUCAAAGAGCUCCACAGGUGCUGAAGCACAAAAAACAGCAAAUACAAAGGAAGAUCAGAAGGAGAGUAGCAAUGAUACAUCGUCUCCUACCGAUAUUAUUGGUGGUAGCUCAACAGCAAGUGCAUCUGUCAAAGAGGAGUCUGAUGACAUUGAGAAGCAAAUGGAGAUGGAUGAUAAUGAAUUCAGUGAAGGGUUUUCUCAGAGUUACAGGCCAUCAAUGCCUGGUCAAUCUGAUCAAGACUUCUUUGCUGAAUUGGGAGAGAUAGAUGCUGACCCUCUUGACCUGUUGUUUACACAAGGAAUCAAUGGACAGGACCAGAAGGAGAGCAAGGCCUUGGAUCCAUUCAGUAUCUUCGACUGGUCUGAGGACACGAGCAUUUCAUCUGGAGAAGCAAAGAGGGGGUUUAUAACAAGACAGUGAAACAACAACAAUGCCACUUCCCAACUAAAAAUAGCCUAUUGAGUGUUUGUGCUGCUGCUGAGAAAAUGCCGUUCUGGGUCCUGCUAUAAACCCUUGUAUUUCAGCUUUGAAAUUCCCAUGUGGGGAGGUGAUUUUUUCUUUCCACUUUCUUCUUCCUUCGUUUCUUGUUUUUUACCAAAACAGCCAGGAAAAUUAGCCAGAGAAAGAAGGGUAAAAAGUCAGUGCUGGUUGAUUGGGAGCAGACCUAAUGAGCCCCGCAUUCCUUUGGGAAUAUUGGUGGAUGGGACAGAAAGCUGUGCAACAGAAGGUUUCAACAGUUAAAACAAGUAGAAACACCAGACAUGACUGGAAAGCUCAAUGAAGAGAUUGAUGCAAGAUGGGACUUGCCCUUUCAUCUUUUCAAGUGGAAAAAAUUAUUCAA